AUGGAUUUGGAUUUCGCCAGGGAGAUCACAUAUUCCCCUGUCGGGAAGCGUGCUAAUUGGUUUUCAUGUGAGAUUGGGAGGUAUAUGUGGAUGAACAUACCUUUUAGUGUAUCUAGUUGGGACAAUGUUUCCCCCACGUUAAGGAAUGCAACAGUCGUGCAUCUAAAGAAUAAUUUUGAUUUGGAUAAGGAUAUCACUCGAGUCGAAGCAUCUCGUAAGGCUAAUACCAAUUGUUCAGGGGUAUUUAGUAGUCCUGCAAUCGAGCAACAAUAUCUGAGAGCUCUUCUGGAAGAACGGUUUUUCAAUUCUUGUUUAGUUCACCAAGAAGAUAAAAAGAAUGAAGAGAAUAGCUUCUGUAUGGAUUGCUGUUUCAGUUUGUGCGUCCAUUGCAUGCCCCAUCAUCUGUCUCACAGGAUUUUACAGAUAAGGAGGUAUAUGUACAACGAUGUUUUACGGUUGAAAGAUGCACAAAAGAUAUAUGAUUGCUCUCUUAUUCAAUCAUACACGACAAACAGUGAGAAAGUUGUAUUAUUGCGCCCGAGGCAACGUGUGUCACCUCCGGUAAGAGGUUCCAGAUGUACGUGUUUCGUCUGCAAUCAGAACAUCAAGCCGUCCUUUGUUUAUUGCUCAAUGGUUUGCAAGUUUACUAAGGAGACUGCAUCGAUCAGUGGUGAGAGAGUAUACACCUGCAGUUCAAGAGGUGUUGGGAGGAGCUUCCUUAUGUCUGGUUCUGUUUCAGAAUGUCUUGUUUCAUCCAUUGAAAGUUCAGUUGAAAACUCAACCAAUUAUGAAAGCAUCGUCGUUAAGCAAAAUAUAUCAGCAACUACUUCAUCAAGCAAUGGCUUCACCAGAAAAUUGCAUGGCCGAAAAUGUGUUCCUCAGCGUUCUCCACUUUUUUAACUGCAUCACCUGUUUAAUUUACUUGUGCAUUCUUCCUGAAUCCAAGGAUUUUACUGCUGUUAAAUUUUGCAAGUGUUGCAUUUUCGUUGAUGUGAUGUGAAAUGCUACACUUGCAAAUAUUAUGUGUGCAAGUGUUACUUGACAUAUAUUAUAAUAGUUGCUUGUAAUGUUCUGACGUGGCAAAUAAUAAUAUUGGAUACAUUCUAUGUAA